GUCAUUUCAUAAAAGUGAUUUUUCAAAUAAAUCCUUGAAAUAUGUUUUUAUCUCGACAAAUUUUGAAUCACGGAUUCAGAAUAUUAUUAAAACGCCUACCAAAUACGAUAGGUAUACAAAAUGUACAUAAUAAAGUUAUUUUCUUACAACACAGUAAUUUUUCUUUGUCAAGAAGAAGCUUAUUAGAAGCAAAUAGUAAUAUAUUAUCAGAGAGUGAUAAUAGUAAUGAAGUUGAAAAACAAAAGUUGGGACAAAUCAAAGCAAAGUUAAAAAUUGUAUUUACUUGUAAAAAAUGUAAUAUCAGAAGUAGUAAAAUUAUUUCGAAACUUGCUUAUGAGAAAGGAGUUGUAAUCGUUCGUUGUGAUAAAUGUAAAAAUAACCACUUAAUAGCUGAUAAUUUAGGAUGGUUUGAUAACAACGCAUGUCGAAAUAUUGAAACAAUUUUGAGAAAAAAAGGUGAAGAAGUUAGAAAAAUACAAGACGAUCAAGAGGGUUAUUUUGAAGCUAUCGCUAACGAAACAUUCAAAACUGUAGCUGCCAUAAGAAAUGAAGCAAUUGAUAAAAAAAUAAUCGAAGAGGAUAAUAACCAAUUAAAUGUCCAAUCUGAAAACAUCGAAAAUUAUAAGAAUAAAUAAAAAGACGCUUAUA